UUCCUUACCUUAUCCUUCCUAUUCAUGAGAAGUGAUCAAUGAAUAUAAUUUCAACAACAAGUGUUGGUCCUUAGAAUCAAUCCGUAGAUUUUUUUUUCUAUCCACGUUUCAAGCGGCAGAGAUGGAAAGUGUGAAGGGUGGCCAUGGCAGAGCUCCAAUGGUGAGAGCAGGGGUCGACACAAGUUCUCCAUUCCAAUCGGUGAAGGAAGCUGUCAUGCUAUUUGGGGAGAAAGUCCUUGUUGGAGACACUGAAAAUAAACUUAAAGAAGUGCGAGCCACAACUGACAAACAUAAGCAAACCACAUCAAGCCUACACUCCCUUGAGAUAGAACUCGAGCAAACAACACAAAACCUCUUGAAAGCCAGAGAAGAAAGAAAAGCAGCAGUAAACUGCCUCAACUCUGUAAUUCAAGAGCUAGAGAAAACAAAGACUGAACUUAAGAGACUAAAAGUUAGAGAUAGAGAAAACUCAACUAUGGAUUCAGAGGUUGAGCACAUCAAGUUUAUAGAGAAUGCAAUGCCAAUCCUCAACGAAGAUGCAGAAUUUGAAAGCAAGAGAUUUAUGAAGUUUAACAAUUUGCCAUCUUUGGGUCGGUUCUUCAGCUCUGAAAAUCUCUUAGAUACGAAAGUUUCCAUGGAUAGGGAAGUACUAGAACUGAUAAAGAAGAAGAAGAAGAAGAGGGCAUUUCUUCCUGUGAUAGCUUCUAUUUUUUCUAAGAAGAGAGAAUAUAGACAUGAAGCAUCGAUCACAAGAAAAAUCUCCACAGGUGUAAGGAUCAGCUCAGAGAUUUGAUUCAAUUGUGUGAAAG